AUGAUAGCGGCUCUGGUGGAUCCAGCGCAAAUAGAUCUCACACAAGAGGAGCGCUACUAUCUCGACUUCUUUCGACGCAAUACCUCCAAGCAAGUCGCUAGCUUUUUCAAAGGCACAUUUUGGGACCACUUGAUCCAUCAAGUCGGCGAGUCCCAACCUGCUGUCCGCCACGCAGCCAUCGGCCUGGGCGCGACGCACUGGAAUUGCGAGACCACAGAGAAUCGGAUGCUGCCACUGCAACAGUGUAAUAAAGCCAUCCGCCAUGUACGACAACUUCUCUUGACGGGCUCGCCAGACCGCAUCCAACUAGAAACGGUAUUGUGUGCGUGCCUUGUUCUGGGAGCCACCUCCAUGAUACAGGGCGACGCCCAAGGCUCAAGCUAUCACCUCACAUCCGGAUUAAAGCUCCUGGAUCAAUGGCAGGGGAUUUCUUCUGACAAGAGUGCCCUAGGAGCUCUUUUGCUACAGACAUUUACCCAGAACCAGCUGGGAUGGAUUUCCCUGACUAAUAAUGGCGAUGCGUACCCUAAUAUGACUCUCCCGGAUGUAAUAGGGGGGCAAUUUCCAGUAGUAAAGACGUUAGACUCUGCAGAAGAGUCGAUCGGAUUCGUUGUAGCGAUUGGUUGGCUGUCGCUGCAAGUCAAAACACAACCGGAGAUUUGCCACGAGACAAAACGGAAAGGAAUAGCGGUAACGCUCUUAGAUAAGCUUCAUGCUUGGACAAAGCAGAUAGAAGGCUUAAAAGGAGUUCAAGCAGACCGAUCUCAAGUGAAGAGGUUGAUACUGUUUCUCAAAAUCUGGAUAGAGGUCCUCCUCAUCAGAAUUUCGACCGAUGAAAGGCUUGGGGAGGGCGAGACACGGUACGACGACAGGCUUCCGUCAUUUCAACAAGUGAUACAAUUAUCGAAAGAGCUUCUUUCACAUGCCAACCAUGAAAUUUGGGUGUGGAUCACGACGCCGCUGGUGUUUUGCGCAUUGAAAUGCCGACAUUGGCAUACACGACAUGAAGCCCUUCGACUAUUGAAGAUCUGGCCAACUUCCGAAGGGAUCUGGUCAAUGUCCAACACAGCUCUGGUUAUAUCCCGAAUGGUUCAAAAAGAAUCGGAAGGGUUUGGGGUGCAAGAUACCAUUCCUGAGUCUUCGCGCAUCGAUUCAUUACGGGCCGAGUUUCUCUCUGGUACACCAAGAGUAAAAGUUACAUACCAGAGGUCACAAUUGCAAGCGGAUACUAGCUCUUCUAGGAAGCAAGAAGGCUCGGAACAGGUGAUUAUUUUUUACUAA